CCCAUUUUUUCUCCUCAACACCCCCACCCCCUCCCUCUCUCUGUCUAUCACCCUUUUCCCCAUUGUAAAGAAACAAUUUUUCUCUUUCGUCGCAAGAGAAAAUCCAUUCUUUUUAUUUUAAUAAUCAAAAUCUAAUAAAGGGGUCUUGGUCUUCCAUUGCCACCUCAAUUGGGCAUCUCUGGUACAAAGAUUGUUCUUGUUUAUGUAGGUAUGCAGAUUAAUUGUGCUUGCAUAGGCUUUGGGUAUAUCAUUUAUUUAGGUAGCUAAUGCUUUCUUGGUAUGCGGAUUAAUGGUAUGCAUUUCUUGGAACUUUUCACAAGAUUUACAACAUAGGUAUUUGAUUGCUGUAUCAUUUGGGUUGUUGCAUUGCUUGAUAUAUACGCAAAGUCUGGAACUUUUGGCAAGCUUUAUAAAACUGGGGUUAGGAUUUUGUAGUAAUCUUGGUUUGGCAAGUACUCAAUUGCUCGAUCAUUUGGGUGAGUCAUAAUAACAGUAACAUGCAAAGAGAUGGUGACAACUACAUGGAAAAAGUUUGUUUACCCUUGUUGGAAGCCUUCUAUAGAUAAUGAAGGUGAAAAUAGCAAUAGUAGAGGAGGAGACCGAGACCCGGACGGCAGUGUUGAUGGAUUGUGGUGGUAUAAAGAUUCGGGGCACCAUGUUAAUGGGGAGUUCUCGAUGGCUGUAAUUCAAGCGAAUAAUACACUGGAGGAUCACAGUCAGCUUGAAUCGGGGCCGAUGAGUUCGGUCAACACAGGUCUCCAGGGCACCUUUGUGGGAAUAUAUGAUGGCCAUGCAGGUGCAGAAGCUGCCCGGUUUAUAAAUGACCGCCUGUUCAAGAACGUUAAGACUAUAUGUGAUGCAGAAUUCACCUCAGAGGAUCAAGUUAUGUCAGCCGAUGUUAUAAGCAAGGCAUAUUUGGAAACAGAAGAGGAGUUCCUUUCUCUAGUGAGAAAGCAAUGGCAAACUAAACCCCAUAUUGCUUCUGCGGGAUCAUGCUGUUUAGUGGGUAUUAUAUGCAGUGGGACAUUAUACAUCGCAAAUGCUGGAGAUUCUCGUGCGGUGUUAGGGAAACGGGAGAGGGCUAUGAAAGAGGUCAAAGCAAUUCAAUUGUCUUCUGAACACAAUGCGAGUUUGGCAUCUGUCCGUGAGGAACUGCGUUCACUGCAUCCUGAUGAUCCGCAUGUAGUAGUUUUAAAGCACAAGGUUUGGCGCGUUAAGGGAAUUAUACAGGUGUCAAGAUCAAUUGGUGAUGCAUAUUUGAAGAGAGCAGAGUUUAACAGAGAGCCUUUGCUCCCUAAAUUUCGAUUUCCUGGAUCCUUCCGGAAGCCCAUUCUCCUAGCUGAGCCAUCAAUAUUUGUACAGAAGCUCCUUCCAGAAGAUCAGUUUCUCAUAUUUGCUUCUGACGGCUUAUGGGAGCAUCUAAGCAAUCAAGAGGCCGUGGACAUUGUCAGUAGUUGUGAGCACCAUGGAAUUGCUAGAAAACUCGUAAAAGCUGCUCUUCAGGAAGCAGCAAAGAAAAGAGAAAUGAGAUACGCGGACCUGAAAAGGAUAGAUAGAGGAGUGAGGCGACAUUUUCAUGACGAUAUCACGGUCAUAGUUUUGUUUCUAGAUUCUCAUUUGAUUAGUCGCAGUUCCUUCCGUGCGCCAGUGGUUUCUAUAAAAGCAAGUGUUGGUCCUUGAAAUGCCAAUACCUUGAAUAAGCUCCUAUAACCUACGUCUAAUCCCUCGAGUUUAUUAUGAAAAGUUCUCUUAAAAUAGAAAGAGACAGAAAAAGCAAAAGUAUGUAUAGCUUUGCUCCUUUGGCUAUCAGACCUCAGUAUAUAAAUGAUAAGUUGAUGAUUAUGCCAGUAAGAUGCUUGAGAAGAUUCUCUCAAAAACCUCUCCUGAUUGGCAUAUGAAACUUGGUAAGUUAGGGCGAGACGGUGAGGCUGAAAACAUAUGGCUGUCAUUCAGUUUUUCAAGAGAUGUUAAAUACUACAAAAUUUGAGUGCUCACAAUUUCUUUUCUUGAAUUCAAUUGUUUAUGUCAAUGUCCAGAUCUGUUCCAAACUUAUUUGUGAUUCUUUUUAGAUGUUUGGAGUAAUUUGACUCAACAAAUUUUACCUUAA